UAUAAAUUGUCCCAACAAUUAUCCCGGUAGCAUCACACAAUCUGAAGCUCUCGCCAACAAUGGCAGAAGUACUUCCAACCAAAAGGAUUGCAGUCGUUACGGGUGCAAAUAAAGGGAUUGGUUUAGAGAUUUGCAGGCAGCUGGCAUCUAAAGGGGUCCUGGUGGUUUUAACAGCUAGAGAUGAGGAGAGGGGUCUUGAAGCUGUCAAAAGCCUCAAAGUUUCAGGUUUUUCUGAUGUAGUUUUUCAUCAACUUGAUGUGGUGGACGAUCUCAGUAUCGCUUCCUUGGCCAAUUUCAUCAGAAACCAAUUCGGAAGGCUUGAUAUAUUGGUGAACAAUGCAGGCAUUGCUGGAACAGAAAUUAAAGAAGAUGACUGGAAGAAGUUAAGAUUAGGUGUUGAAGAUAUUAUAGGUGUAAAUGCUGCAUCGCAAAGAAAACUUAUGAAGCAAACUUAUGAAAUGUCAAUUAGUUGCCUGAGAACAAAUUAUUUUGGAAUCAAGCAGCUAACUGAAGCAUUAAUUCCUAUCCUUGAACAAUCCAAUUCUGCAAGAAUAGUCAAUGUCUCCUCCUCCUUCGGGAAGCUAAAGUUUAUUCCUAAUGAAAAAGCCAAAAAGGAGCUAGGUGAUGUUGAUGUCGUUACAGAAGAAAAGGUUGAGAAGCUGGUGGAAGAUUUCCUGGAGGAUGUUAAGAGUGAUUUAGUGGAAACCAAACGUUGGCCUACCCUUUUUUCAGCUUAUAUAGUGUCCAAGGCUGCUCUUAAUGCCUACACAAGGAUUUUGGCGAAGAAGUACCCCAAAAUUGCAACCAACGCAGUCUGUCCAGGUUUUACUAGCACAGACAUCAAUGAUAGCACUGGGAUUUUCACUACUGAAGAAGCUGCACGAGGUCCUGUUAUGCUGGCUCUGAUGCCUGAUCAUCAGCGCCCUUCUGGCUGCUUCUUUUUUCAGACAGAAAUGUCAACUUUUUGAAUGAUAUCGACCAAUGUACUUGCGGUGUAUGCAUGUUAUGUACUAAGAGAAUAAAGGUGGGGAGAGCUAUUCUUAUCCUAUAUCUCCGCGCGAAAGUUUUAUAAAUGAUGGGAUAUUUCACCACACAAAGUUGAUGUAUGCUUCGAGUUUUAAUUGACUGGUAUAUAAAAGAAGCAAUUAUUUCUCUUUUAA